AUGGCAGUGCUUCACAUGGGAAAGGAAAAGCUUUCCCUUACUCUCGUGCGAUGUUUUUUCAAUUUAUUCGGAAUUGCCCUGUCCUGGGCUGUUAUUUCCAUGGGGGUGGAUAUCGUUGCAAACUCUUUCAAAGUCGGUCUUUCACGGGAGUAUCUGUACUUUCUUGACGGGUACUCCCUCAGCAGAUACCAGAGCACUCUUGUGAUGACGCAGGAGAUGUACGCAUUUGAGCUUCUGCUUUCUCUCCUCCGAAUAACCACGCAGUCUUUUAUCACUUCUCUUAUGCAGAUAUCUUCGCGUGUUUUUAUCUCCAGGUACGUUUGCUCCCUGAAGAA